AUGUUUUCCUGCCAGUAUUCAGCCAGCCCUAAAAACCCGUCCAACAAUGUAUCACCUACAGUCUAUGCAGCGACAUGUGUCUGUAUCAACCGCUUCGCAGAGGACAACAUGUCCGUCCAACCACAGCAAGGUGGUGAUGGCGGUGCGGUUCGCAGCAUCAGCCAAAAUGCAAAUUCCAUCGGCUACUGGCAGCUGUCUCCGGAUUGCAAAAAGGGAAAUAAGAACUAUAUGCACCCAAAAUGCCAGGUCGCGGCUUACAAGGCAACGGAAGACACUAUAACUACUGAUUUAAACAUUGUGGCCGAACUGACGCAACCGUUCGUCGAGUGGACAUAA